CGAAGCGGGGCGCUUAUUGGAAGCUGGGCGCUUAUUCGAGCAUUUACGGUAUACUUUAACCCUUAGAACUUUUGUAAGACAUUUAAAGGCUCGUUCACACGAUCCAAUUUGUCGGAUCUGAUUGUGUAUUUUUUGGGUGGGAUAUUUUAGGAGAUAUUUAUAGUCGUGGGAGCAGCUAUUUGUGUUAUCCAGUACAUCUAUCGAUAUAUUUUGCGUAUUUGUUGUUGUUGUUUCCAAGUCUUUUUCUAGUCCAUUUUUUGCGCCAAAUCAAAUAUGGGAAGCAUAGAGAGUGAGAAGUCUGGCACUAGUAGGCUUUCUUUGAUCUUGUUGGCUAAAAAUGUAGCAAGUUCUAUUUCCGAUUAUUCAGACUGACGGACCCUCUGUCGUAGGCUCGCUUUAUAUGAAUUCACAUGAUCCGUUUUUAGGAUCCGACAAAAUCGGAUCGUGUUAGCGGGCCAUAACAUUACAACAUUUUUACUAUCAAAUUUUUUUUAGAUGCUUUCCUUUCUUCAUUAGCUAUAUCGAUGAUUUGUUUUGUUAAAUUUUUAAGGGAGACAAAUUCUCUCGUCGAAGAAUUUAUGUUGCUUGCAAAUAUUUCGGUAGCGAAGAAGAUUUUUAAUCACUAUAGCGAAUAUGCCGUGCUCAGGAGGCAUCCUGCACCACCACUUUCAAAUUAUGAUUGCCUUAUUAAAGCUGCUGGAUCAAAGAACUUAAAUAUUCAGGUGGAUAGUGCAAAAUCGUUGGCCGUUUCUUUAGAAAAAGCUACGCUGCCAGACUUUCCAUAUUUUAACACAUUACUUCGUAUACUUACGACGAGAUGUAUGAUGCAAGCUGUUUAUUUUUGCUCUGGAACAUUACCAGAGGAAGAUUAUCUUCAUUAUGGCUUAGCAGCACCUAUCUAUACAUUUUACGUCACCUAUUCGACGGCAAGCCUGAUUUCUAACGUACGUAUCAAUGAAAAACGUUUUUAUGUUGGUCAAAUCGUUCCAUUUUCAUGGCUGCUUAACGUUGCCAAAAAUUCUCCUUAUAAUGGACCUUGUCCGUUUUUCGAAAAGUCUGGAACGACUCACUCUAGUGACAUCAUGCAAGGGAUUCCUCAAUACAUGAUAUACGUACCAACUACCUUGGAUGACGUCAGUAUUUGGCUUGACCCAGACUUCAUGCCACGGCGGAUGAUUUGA